AUGUUAAUACCGAAACUUUCACGUCUAUCUUAUCAACGACUUUAUGGUCAAGCAGCUCGACAACCUUUAGAUGCUUCAAAAUGGGAUUUGUCAGUCGCUUUGGCUUUGGUUCGACUACCAGUUAUUGCUCCUAAACUGACUGAUAUUGAACAAAAAUUCCAGAAACAACAGGAACAAAUUGAGCAUGAGGGAUCGUUGUUGAGUGACUUUGAGUUGAGAAUGAUCAAGGAUGCUGAGUAAGUUGGUUUUCUUUGUUUUUUCUUUGUUUAGGUAUAGCACGGAAAUAGUAUUCUUCACAAGACUAUUUAAAAACCUUCGUCAAAUCUAGUCUUUGCUGCAAUGUAAGGUUAUUCUUUUAGAUUACUGGAGAAAAGAAAACAAUUAGAAGCAGAAGGAAAGGAUCUGAGUGAACUGGAUGAUCAGAUCGGCAAAACAGCUUUGCAAGAAGAAGGAGAAUAUAAAGACUUUGCCCAAACUACGCGCAAAACUUUUGAAAUUGAUAACAGGGAGAAACUGGAGGAUCAGGACGAAAGAUCAUUGAGGAGACGUUUAGAUGAAAGGUUGCUUUUGCUGGUAAAGCAGAAGUUUGGAGAGAAUGAGCCAAAAAAGUGGACCUUACCUGUUUUGAAGAACAAUGGCGAAACCUUGAGACAGGUAAAUUAAGUUUUUGUUGUUAAAUAUAAAGUUUAUAUAUAAGUAUGAAGUUAUUAUGAGCUCGAAAAUUGUAUUGUUUUGCUUUAUAGACAGCUGAGAAGUGUCUUGGAGAAACAAUAUCGUCUGAUGUGAAUGUUACCAUUAUUGGCAAUGCUCCAUUUUCUGUUCAUCCUUGUAAGUAUCCAACGAAGUUGGCUGAAAGUUUGAAUAAAGAGGGAAAUAAUGUAAGUUUUCCUAGUUCUUUCAAUAAUAUUUUGUGGGUAAAUCAUAAUUUAUCUUUUUAUAUUUAUAUUUUCUAGAUAUUCAUGUAUCUUGGCUAUAUCAACGAGCUUGACAAUCAAAUAGACUUUAGCCAGAAGAUUGCUGAUUACCGUUGGACAUCCAAGUCUGAAUUAAAGUCUCUAGUGCCAACAUCCCAAUAUCGCCAGAAGUUGGGUCUGUUUUUGUAUGAGUAA